CAAAUAGACCAGUGACUAAUUCGGAGGCAUCGCGGUUCGACUGGGAUACCUCGUGAUAUCUAACGGUACAAGUCUUCACAAAUGCCGUCGUGAUUAUAAUAUUUAAGUAACCUAUAGUUGCGCCAUUCAACUCGUAGUCACCGCGGUUUUGUGUACGUUUUUCGAGCAUAAUAAUAUUAUAGAAGAGAUAAAUUUAAUUUACUAUCAUCUCGACCGGACCCUUUGUGCCGUUAAUACAACCUCCGUGUACAUUGUCGUAUUUAUUCUGAUCCUUUUGGAUUGUUAAUCGUAUUUUAUUUCAUUUCUUCCGACAGCUUGGUGUGCAUAGACCAUAAACCAUAUUGUUGUUGUAUACUACUCGGCGAUUGGCCGUCUCAUCACGGACAACUGCCUUUUAAGUAAAAAAGUGCUGGGGGAUUGAAUUCAUUUGAUGAAAAACUUUAAAUGAUUGCGGUUUUAUGGCAGUGAUGGAGUUGUUUCCAGUGGUUUCUAUAAUUCUGUUAUACGCUGUCGUGGUUAUCAAAUCGACAUUUGAAAAUGAUGGAAAUCUUGAAGCAUUACUCAAUCACGUUUUAUGGGAACCUACUACAAGCAAUUCACCUACAACAGAAGAAGAUAAAGUUGUUCCAUAUUUUGAUGAAACAUCUAGUCACAGUAACGUCACAGUCCAAAUUGGAGCAAAUGUUGAUCUCCAUUGCAAAGUGAACCGUUUAAAUGACAAAACGGUAUCGUGGGUUCGAAGAGCAGGUGAUAAGAUGCAACUACUUUCAUUUGGCCAUCACGUAUACAGUACAGAUCAGCGUUACGAACUUUUAUUUAAAGACCCAAACGAUUGGCAACUCCGUAUAUCUUAUCUGAAUGAAAGAGAUGGAGGUCAUUAUGAAUGCCAGGUAUCAACUCAUCCACCAAUCGCGUUCACAGUUUAUCUAGCUAUUAUAGUACCUCAAUUGGAAAUAACAGAUGAAAGAGGCGUACAAGUGAAAGACAAAUUCUACUAUGUGGGUAGUACCAUAGAGCUAAAAUGCUAUAUAACCAAAGUACCCCAACCAAGUCAAUUCAUUGUAUGGCGUCACGAAACGACAAGCCUAAAUUACGACACAAGCCGAGGCGGUAUCAGCGUGAAAACCGAUAUACUGACCAAUGGCGCAAAGAGCAGACUUUUUAUUGCCAACGCACAAACUUCUGACUCGGGAAAAUACACUUGUUCACUAACUGACAUAGCUAGCACAUCAGUUACAGUACACGUAUUAAAUGGAGAAACUCCAGCCGCGAUGCAACAUGGCGGUAGCAAUCGAUGUGGUAGGCUACAUUCACUAUGGGUGAUCAUCACAUUUGCAUGGAUAUUAUUUCGAUUAAGUUGACAUGAUUAAUACGCAAAUGUGCACUGUGUUCCAAUCCGAUAUGUUACUUAAUAUAAUUAACUUGAAUCAUAAAAGGAAAACCAAAAUAAUCCAAAUAACCCGACGGACAUGAAUAUU